AUGUAUCUUAUGUUAGGCACAAGACCAGAUUUAGCUUACUGUGUUGGCAUUCUAUCACGUUACCUAGAAAAUCCUUCGAAAGAUGAUUGGAAAAAAGUGAAACGUGUAUUCAGAUACAUAGCAGGUUCUCUAACUAAAGGUGUUACAUACAAGAAUAAAUACAAACCAGGAAUUCUAGAAUGCUAUAGUGAUGCAGAUUUUGGAGGCUGUCAAGAAACAGGAAAAUCAACGAGUGGAGUAGUGAUAUUAUAUAGUGGUGGAGCUAUAUCAUGGAUUAGCCAAGGGCAAUCAGUUGUUGCAACUUCGACGACUGAAGCAGAAGUAAUUGCAGCUAGUGAAUGUUCUAGAGAAGUAAUUUGGUUAAAGCGACUAUUUAGUGAUGUAACCAAGUUACGUGAAACUCCAGUAAUUCAAGUAGACAACGCCACUGCA